ACGGCGCCGCGCGGUUAGUUCGAAUCAGCCCUGCACAGGCGCGCGCCGCUUCUGGGUUUUGUGCAGCGGCGGUCGUGGGGCAGCCGCUCAGGCUGGUCACAUUAAGAAGCAAUGGACAACUACACAAAAAUAGAGAAGAUUGGUGAAGGUACCUAUGGCGUUGUAUAUAAAGGCCGACAUAAAGCCACAGGCCAGGUGGUUGCCAUGAAGAAAAUUCGACUAGAAAGUGAGGAGGAAGGAGUUCCCAGUACAGCAAUCCGAGAAAUUUCCUUAUUAAAAGAGCUGCAUCAUCCCAACAUAGUCUGUCUUCAGGAUGUGCUUAUGCAAGAUUCAAGACUGUACCUCAUCUUUGAAUUCCUUUCUAUGGAUCUCAAGAAAUAUUUGGACUCUAUUCCAACUGGCCAGUAUCUGGAUCCCAUGCUUGUAAAGAGUUACUUGUACCAAAUUUUGCAAGGCAUUGUAUUUUGUCACUCGAGGAGGGUUCUACACAGGGACUUAAAGCCUCAGAACUUGUUAAUAGAUGACAAAGGAGUAAUUAAACUGGCAGACUUUGGAUUGGCCCGAGCCUUUGGAAUUCCUGUCCGGGUCUACACACAUGAAGUUGUGACACUGUGGUACAGAUCUCCAGAGGUGUUGCUAGGAUCUGCUCGUUACUCUACGCCUGUAGAUAUAUGGAGUAUAGGCACAAUAUUUGCUGAGCUGGCGACUAAAAAACCGCUCUUCCAUGGGGACUCUGAAAUUGAUCAGCUCUUCAGAAUCUUCAGAGCUUUAGGGACUCCCAACAACGAGGUGUGGCCGGAAGUGGAAUCCUUGCAGGAUUAUAAGAACACAUUUCCCAAGUGGAAACCUGGCAGUCUGGCAUCUCAUGUGAAAAACUUAGAUGAAGAUGGAUUAGACUUACUUUCUAAAAUGUUGAUUUAUGAUCCUGCAAAAAGAAUUUCUGGCAAAAUAGCCUUGAAUCAUCCAUAUUUUGAUGACUUGGACAAAUCCAAUCUUCCAGCCAGUCAGAUUAAGAAAUUCUAGAUCUUCAUUGGACUAAAAAUCAACCGGAGUCAUAUGACUGAAAAAAAUUGUGAUAUUUUUACUAUUAAGUCUGUCAAAUAUGUUUUGUACGUGUCUGUCACCUAUCUACUCUAAAACUUGCCACUGUACUUAGCGACCUGGUUUAAAUGUUAUCUUCAUGUAAAUAUUAACCUAUAAUUAGUGCUGAAUUUAAUACAAUGCAAAUAUUGCUGCUAUUAAUGCAGUCCACUGUUUCUAUAAAUAAAGCUUUAAAUCCAGUAA